CAUCUGUUGAGAUGUUGGAUUCUGACGACUUCACCUUCCCCCUGGACGGUCUAUUUUUUGAGAGGCCUGUUGUCCUCAAAGCAAAGCCACCGUGCCAAGAGCCCAGUCCAUGGAAGCUCGAUGUCCCUCCAUCUCUGUCUCAGAUCCCUACCACUCAGGAUAUCCAGAAUGAGGCAGAAACCUUUGCAUCCUCGAAUAGUUUCUCACAAAAGUCCAAGAAAUACCUUCCUCCUUUUAAAUUGUCUGCUGGCUCAACAGUCUUCACUACAAAAAUCUCUGGUUCUCAGAGCUUUGAUAGGAUAGAGGAAGAGGUAGAGGGGAGCCCAGGCAGCACCAGUGGGUGUGGUAACCUUGGGGGGGAUGAGGGGUUUGUGGAUUCCUCCAAGGGUCGUGCUGAAACCCCACUGUACUCUGGUCAUGCGGUUGUAAGCAGGAGAUGUUUGGCUCUGGACUUUAGCCAAAGUCCACCUCUACGGAGAAGUUUGUUCAAAGCCUCGAGGGGUCAGGUGUUGAUUGGCAAAGGCGACUCGUCAAACACAAAUGACCUCAGCAACAUUGGCAGUGGCAGCAUUCAGGCAACAUCCAGAUCUAAAACUUUACCCAGUCAGGUUACCAUGGUGACAGUGCCUCCUCCUUCUCUUCAGCCACCACCGCCAGCGACGGCUAGCCAGUCAACCCUCCCCCCCCCCCCAAAGCCCCACUUCUCCCUCCCCUGUGUGGGCUCAUCUGCAGCGAGUGGUCGACCCUCGCAGCAGGCAGCACAGGCGGAAAUGCAAGACAAGGGCACAAAGAGAGCCCAUGUUCUCCCCAUGACGCCUCAGCCACUCCAUUUACAAGGUUCUUCUAGGUCUGGAAUAUUGAGACCAGUCUCUGAAAUCUCAGCUAAAUUCAGAUCCAUCUUCAGAGAGUUUCCUUUUUUCAACUAUGUUCAGUCCAAAGCCUUGGAUGAUGUUCUUUACACUGGCAAGAAUUUUGUGGCCUGUGCCCCCACUGGAUCUGGCAAAACAGUGCUGUUUGAGUUAGCGAUCGUUCGCCUACUGAUGGAGACCUCAGAGCCCUGGAGAGACAUAAAGACUAUCUAUAUGGCACCCAUCAAAGCCCUAUGUAGCCAACGCCUUGAGAACUGGAAGCAGAAGUUUGGUCCCCUGGGGCUGAGAUGUAAGGAGCUGACCGGGGACACAGAGAUUGAUGACUUCUUCGAGAUUAUCAAUGCCCACAUAAUCAUGACAACACCAGAAAAAUGGGACAGCAUCACAAGGAAAUGGAAAAGUCUGCUACAGCAAGUCAGGCUGUUCCUCAUUGACGAGAUACAUGUAGUGAGAGAUACAACCCGUGGUGCAACCCUGGAAGUGGUGGUCAGCAGAAUGAAGGCAGUGCAGAACCACAGGAUGGCAGAAAACCUACAGACAGACCCAUCCAUGAGGGUUUUGGCUGUGUCAGCCACCAUACCCAACGUUGCUGAUAUUGCAGACUGGCUUUGCAAUGAGAGCGGUCCAGCCACAUAUGUGGAUAUGGAUGAGAGCUAUCGCCCAGUGACACUGAGGAAAGUAGUGCUGGGAUUCCCCCAUAGUCCAAACCAGACGGAGUUUAAGUUUGACUUAUCUCUCAACUACAAGAUGGCCAACAUCAUACAGACCUACUCUGACCAGAGGCCUACGCUAGUGUUUUGCUCCACAAGGAAAGGAGUUCAACAGUCAGCCACUGUUCUGGCUAAGGAAGCAAGUUUCAUUAUGAGCAUUGAACACAAACAGAGGUUGAUGAAAUAUGCAAACUCUAUCCUGGAUUCAAAACUGAGAGAGCUGGUGAUGCAUGGUGUUGGUUAUCAUCAUGCAGGAGUUGAUAUGUCAGACAGAAAGAUGGUAGAAGAGGCCUUCACUUUGGGAGACUUACCUGUCCUCUUUACUACUAGCACACUAGCCAUAGGGGUGAACCUGCCUGCUCACCUGGUGGUGGUCAAGUCUACCAUGCACUACGUCGCAGGCUCCUGUGAGGAGUACAGCGAAGCUGACAUACUGCAGAUGAUAGGUCGAGCUGGAAGACCACAGUUUGAUACUUCAGCCACUGCUGUGAUCAUGACCAAGGUCCAGACCAAAGACAAGUACAUGAAGCUCAUGAAUGGGAUGGAAAUUAUUGAGAGCAGCUUACAUGGUCAUCUGGUAGAGCACCUAAAUGCUGAGAUUGUCCUUCAAACCAUCAGCAAUGUCAACAUGGCUGUGGACUGGAUACGCUCCACCUUCCUCUAUAUCAGAGCUCUGAAGAACCCCAAACACUAUGGUUUCCCCAUUGACUUGGACAGAUGUGGAAUCGAAGCAAAACUACAAGAACUGUGUCUGAAGAACCUCAAUUCUCUGUCCUCAAUUGGUCUGAUCACCAUGGACGAGGAUGUCAACAUCAAACCUACAGAGGCGGGCAGGUUGAUGGCGAGGUACUGUGUUGCCUUUGACACCAUGAAACAGUUCAGGACCCUUACUGGCUCUGAGACAUUAACAGACCUGGUUGAGCUGGUCUCGAAAAGCAAAGAAUUCAGUGAUGUGCAUUUGAGAAUGAAUGAGAAGAGAACCCUGAAUACCUUGAACAAGGACAAGAAUAGGAUCACUAUCAGGUUUCCCAUGGAGGGAAAGAUCAGAAACAAAGAGAUGAAAGUUAACUGCUUGAUUCAAACUCAGCUUGGUUCCAUCCCGAUUCAAGAGUUUGGACUCAUACAGGACACUGCAAAAAUCUUCACGAUUUUAACACGCAUCAGCAAAUGCUUGUCAGAGUUUCUGGGCCAGUGUUCCAAGACAGGCUUCACUGCUAUACUCAGCUCUCUGAUUCUGGCUAAGUGCGUCAGGGCCAAACUGUGGGAGAACUCACCAUAUGUAUCUAAACAACUGGAGAAGAUAGGCCUGACCCUAUCAACUGCUAUGGUGAAUGCUGGGCUUACCACUUUCAACAAGAUCGAGGAGAUCAAUGCAAGGGAGCUUGAGCUGAUUGUCAACAGACACCCGCCAUUUGGAAAUCAAAUCAAAGAAUCUGUAAUCAACCUCCCAAAGUAUGAAGUUAGUUUGGAGCAGCUCCCAAGGUACAGCUGUGCAACAGCAGAGAUUGUGUUGACGGUGAACCUGAAAAACCAGGAGCAGUUGCUGUCCAAGAGGACAGCACCCGACCACCACUAUGUUACAAUCAUUGUUGGAGACUCGGACAAUAACGUGGUCUUCCUACAGAAGCUCACGGACAUGGUGCUGUUGAAGUCUGGCAGUUGGUCGAAGAAGAUUGAAGUGGCUAGGGCCUUAAAGGGAGAAGAGAUCAGUGUCAAUCUGAUCAGCUCAGAAUACGUGGGCUUGGACAUCCAGCAGAUGUUCAACGUGUAUUACUCUGGACUAAGGAAAUUUGGGGCUGAGUCCAUGGGCCCAACACAACAAACUGAUUGGGAUAAAAUCCCAUACAAUCCUAGUGGACAGAGAAACCAGCCAUCGACAACAAAAUCUCAGUCCACGCAAAAGACUGUCCCACAGAAGAGGAAUGCCACUUCCAUUACUGUACAAGAUAAAAGACAGUGCAACCAUUUUUGCAAGAAUAAGGAGCUGUGCGCCCAUGACUGUUGCAAAUUAGGUGUACAAGUGGUUCUGAAGAGGCCAGUGUACCAGGACUCUGCUUUUUCCUCACACCUCAGGGAUCUGAAGAGCAGACGUGACACACUGUUGGAGACUCCUGUCAAACGCCUCAAGAUGAAGAUAAAUGGGGAGCCGGUGUCUAUGAACUUGCAACAGUUUUCUUACAAAUCCAAAGAGGGGCUCCCUGUACUUUUCAGAGAUGGAGGAAAUCAGUAUAUGUCUUCAGUUAGACCUCAUACUGAGAGUGUGGAUCUGAUUGGCGAUGACUGUGCAGUAUUACAACAUAUAGCUGAUCAGGAGGAACUUGACUAUGUGCCUCAUGAGACAACCGUCAACAGCAAUAAUGUCUCUACCUCACAAAUACCAAGUGUCAACUUUGACCUUGGAAAUGAAUGGGAUGAUUGGGACGAUUUUGAUGAGAACUUGGUGCAUGCCAGUGAGACAUCAAUGUCCUCCUGUGCACCGAAAGCUAAGGUCCAACAAUCUGAUGAUUACAGCAUGCUAGAAGGUAACACCACUCAGUCACCACCACUUGGCCUCAGUCAUGUACAGUCUGAACCCUGUUUCUCGAUGGCCAAUACGUCACAGAGAGAAGUGGGAGACUACACCCUCACAAUGCAGCUACCGAAUAGACUUACCACGCCCUUGAAUAACAAGAGACAGAGCAUAUUCAGUCGGUUCAUGAUGAAGGAACCAGAAUCACUCUUGGAGAACACGGAGACAAGCACAGCCCCACUAACAGGAAGAUUUGAUUUCUUUUCAAAGCAGAGCAUACCAACCAGUGACAGAUUGUCUGGCAACAGCAGCGUAAACCCGCCAACGCCCGGUGUGACAACGCAGGACAAGCCGACAGAAGAAGCUGGAGAUGGGGGGGUAACAGCUCGAAAGGGGAAGAGGCUGAUGAUGAUGCCAACUCCACCUGCCCCUCUCUCCCGCCUAACUGGCCCAGCCAGCAGUGGAGGGAAUGGAAGACUCGGAUUGAGUGAUGCUCUGCUCAGUUACAAAGCAUCACCUCUCCAGUGCGGCCUAUCACCUGCUGAGCUGCUGAUGAAGAGGAAGCUCCGCACUACCCUGCCGAGCCACCCAAACAACAAAUUAAGACAAAAGAAACCCUCAAAGCUGGAACACAAGCUGCGGUAG